UUCAAUUCAAUUCAGUUUAUUUUAUAUAGCCCAUUAUCACAAAUUACAAAUUCUCCUCAGAGGGCUUUACAAUCUGUACACAUAGACAUCCCUGACCUUUGACCUCACAUCGGAUCAGGAGAAACUCAUAAAAAAUAGAGAAACUAAACUUUCAGGGGGAUAAAAGUGAAGAAACCUUCAGGAGAACAACAGAGGAGGAUCCCUCUCCAUGAUAGACAGAUGAAUAGAUGUCAUGUGACCAGGAUGAAUCAUUACAGAGUAACAACACAUUCAAUGAGUAUGACAAAGUGUAUGAAUAGUUGUUAGUAGGCAUGGACCACGAUCCAGACCUCCAUGAUCCAUCAGGCAGAUGGAGGUAGAGAGGAGGAGUGGGCGGGGCAUCAGCAGGACCAUGAGGCAUCAGACCCAGCCAGGUCCGAUGGACCCGAUGAGACGUGAAGUCACAAGGACCCCGGGGAGGAAGCAGAGUUAAUAAUGUGCAAUGGAGAGAUGAAAAUUCAUCCAUAAGGAGAGAGAGAGGAGGAGAGAGGUGCUCAGUGUAUCCUAACAUCUUAAAAGUUCUCUCUUUUUCUUCUUCUAUGAGUUAUGUGUGUAUAGCUAUGAAGAUAACAACUAAAUAACUUAACGGAAACUGUCAGAAAAAAAGAGCCCACCUUUAAGGGCCCAUCUAAGUGCCCAGCUAAGGGCCCAGCUAAGGGCCUAUCUAAGGGCCCAGCUAAGGGCCGAUCUAAGGGCCCAUGCCAGAAGCUUGAGCCUGUUGAAAGGAGCCAUGUUGGAUCAUCUGCCCGAACCAAAGGAUGAAUCAUUUAUGUUCUGCAGUGGGGAAACCCAGUACAACAAAGAAGGCCUGCUCCAAGGCCAGGCUAUAGAUUCCUCCUUGUCGGAGACGGGGCGGCAGCAGGCGGAGGCAGCAGGCCGCUACCUUCAAGAUGUCCAGUUCAGCAACGUGUUCGUCAGUGACAUGCUGCGGGCCCGGCAGACUGCUGAAGCAAUAAUGAAACUUAACCGUAGUGGUUCUGGUCUACGCAUGGUGUGUGACCCUUUACUUAAAGAGAAAAGCUUUGGGAUCGCGGAGGGCCGGCGGGUGCAGGAAGUGAGAGAGAUGGCGAAGGCCGCCGGUCAGACGUUCCCAGGCUUCACCCCUCCAGAGGGGGAGACUGAGGAGCAGGUGAAAGAGAGGGUCAAAGACUUCUUGGAGAAACUUCUCCAGCAGAUUGGGUCUGAGCACUGGUCCGACGGAGGGGAGGACGAGGCGUCCCUCUCCGCCGCGCCGUCUCCCGUGGAGGGGAAGGCAGACGACGGGGUCAGGGGGGUCCCGGUCCACGCUCUGGUCGUCACCCACGGGGCCUACAUGUGUGUGGCCGUGCGCUUCCUGGUGGAGGAGCUGCGCUGCUCCUUGCCUCCGGGCUGUGACGAGGCGCACAUGUUCGCUUUGAGCCCCAACGCGGGAAUGUGCCGCUUCGUACUUACCGCGAGGAAAGAGGAGCGCGGGUUCAAACUGUCUGGCAUCCGAUGUGUGUUCGUCCACAGGCGGGACCCUGUUACAAAGUAGGACGUGAAGGAGCGAGGGGAUGGAGAAAGGGGAGAGACAACUGGGCGAUAGCGGAGGAGGAAAGCCGGACGUACAGGGUGGACUUUGAAAAUGUCAUUAAGAAACAAUCUCAGGUCAAAUAUUCAGGUGCUGUUGAAUGCUCUUGUAGUUUCUUCUUCCUCAGUAUCGUAACCUCUGUUUCAACUCACAGCUUGUGUCAUCACGGGUCUGGCUGUUCAUUAUUGUAAAUGUGGGCAGCUUUGCACUCUAAUGAGUCCAUGUUUCUAAAUAUGUUCUCCGGAAGUGCACAUUCACAGAGCAGAACUGUAACAGUGUUGACUUUUGGGAAAUCAGUGACUUUUUCAUUGCUGGGAAUUAACCCCUGGGUCAACGAGGGCAAUGCGUGACGCAGGGAGCAGAGCUCACUGUGAUCCAUCGCACGCUCAGCUGUCGUCUCUGACGUCCUGUGGUUGUAAACAUCUCCGCUGCUGUCCGACUGGAGCACGGCAUAUAUUCAUCAAAUUAGAAGAUGUAGCCGUGACACGUUUCUGUAUCGUUGGAAACGUACCAACAGCGAUAAAAGAUCUUUCCCCAAUAAAACAUUCAGUCCCUGCUGGUU